AGGCGGCGCGGCGGACAGCCCGGGCGGCGGGGCGGGGGGAGUUAUAUUGCGGGGUCCUUCCUCGCUCACCCUGGUUCCUCUCGGAGCGGAGACGGCAAAUGGCGGACUUCGAUACCUACGACGAUCGGGCCUACAGCAGCUUCGGCGGCGGCAGAGGGUCCCGCGGCAGUGCCGGUGGCCAUGGUUCCCGUAGCCAGAAGGAGCUGCCCACAGAGCCCCCCUACACAGCAUAUGUAGGAAACCUACCUUUUAAUACAGUUCAGGGCGACAUAGACGCUAUCUUCAAGGAUCUCAGCAUACGGAGUGUACGGCUAGUCAGAGACAAAGACACAGACAAAUUUAAAGGUUUCUGCUAUGUAGAAUUUGACGAGGUGGAUUCCCUGAAGGAAGCCUUGACGUAUGACGGUGCACUGUUGGGUGAUCGGUCGCUUCGUGUGGACAUUGCAGAAGGCAGAAAACAGGAUAAAGGUGGCUUUGGCUUCAGGAAAGGUGGACCAGAUGACAGAGGAAUGGGUGGCUCUCGAGAAUCUAGAGGUGGAUGGGAUUCCCGGGAUGACUUCAAUUCCGGCUUCAGGGAUGACUUCUUAGGAGGCAGGGGAGGGAGUCGCCCAGGUGACCGGCGAACAGGCCCCCCAAUGGGGAGUCGGUUCAGAGAUGGCCCUCCCCUUCGAGGGUCCAAUAUGGACUUCAGAGAACCAACAGAAGAGGAAAGAGCACAGAGGCCACGGCUCCAGCUGAAGCCUCGAACAGUUGCCACGCCCCUCAAUCAAGUAGCCAAUCCCAACUCUGCCAUCUUCGGGGGAGCCAGGCCCAGAGAGGAAGUCGUUAACAAGGAGCAAGAAUGAGCUCGCGGUUGGGAGGGAAUGGGGUGUGGGGGAGUCACAGCGAGACCACAGCCUGGCUAGCCCCCUGGACCAGCGGUCCUGCAGUCACCAUUCCUGCGCCUGACCUUUGUCCUCCUUUCUUACAGCGGAAACACAGAGCUUGUGAGUGCAUGUCAGCAGUUAACAAGUGGUUUUUAGUACAUUCUUGGCUUUGCUGAACCUAUCUAGUGCCUGUUUUGUGCUUUUUUUUUUCUUUCUUUCUUUCUCUGCCAGUCCUUCCCCCAUUUUCCUCCUGUCCUUUUUCCUUCUUGCUCCUUGUUUCCUUCCAGUACUUGAGUCUCUCUCGAGGGACAGAGGCAGCCACCCGUGGGCGUUCUUAGGAUGGAGGUGCUGCUCCAUUUUUCUCCCCCUGCUUUCUCGUUUUACUUUGGACACUCUGGCCAGACCCGGUUGGUCCUUUCAUUUUUCUCAGCGCUUCUCUUCUGACCUGCAUGUGGAGUUCUGUAUUGCUGUGGCUUCCAAGGGAAGGAAAAAGACAAAACAAAACAAAAAACAGAAAGAAGUCACAAAUUGGGUAGCAUCUUGUUUUUAUUCAGCUGUGGUCAACAGAGAGAAUUUGAGGCACCUUGUUUUCAAAACAAGGAUAAAAUAUCUGUUGAUCCUUGCAGAUUCCUCCCUGUCCCUAUUUAUAAGCAGCCCUGUCUCUGUCAUUCCCUCCCCGAAUGGAUCAUUCGAGCCGGAGGCUCUCCUUUCGAAGGUGGAAUCUAAGGGAAGAGGGUGGUAGUGUGAGUCGGUGAGCAGCUCAGCGGACGGGCCGGGGGCCGAGCGCACCUCCGUGCGCACGCUAGGAUGGCUGGGUCAGCACGUCGUGCAAGCUCGUCCCCUUCUCCCCGGCGGAGGUGGAGGCUCCCGUGGGUGGCUGGGUGCGCCGAGCCUCCGUCCGGUCUCCCGUCCGGGCAGGGCGCUCCGGAGGGACCGACGGGCAGCGGUGGCCGAGCCGCGCCUGGGCCGUGCUCCCCGUGCGGACACGGACUGUCCUCAGACCCCGUCGUGUGUGUGUCCCUGUCUCUCUCCCUUGUGUUUACCUGUGUCUGCUCCUGGCGUAAGUAGCAGUGAGAUACUGCGCUUCCCGCCCUCCCUGACUUUUAUAAUGAAAAUGGGCCUAAAAUCCGGCACUUUACUGUUGGACUUGAUGAAUUGAGGGUUUUACUCUGCAGGGCUGUCAAGAGCCUUCAGAGAGCUGGUAGGUGGCUGUAAGUCCCCAGGUCUCCUCUUUGGGGCACAGUUGCCUAUCCCCACAGGCUGUGUGUGGCACGUACCCAGGGCCAGGGGAGCUGGGCCGUAGCUUCUGAGCUAAACGCCCGUGUGUGUGAGCAACCUGGGUUUUUCAGCAGCGAGUCCCGGACCGUCCCGUUGGGAGCAGUUUGGGGGCCGCCAGCAGCUAGAGCCCAGGGAAGAGACCUGCCGUUUGGGGGUGGGGGGGGAGGUGAGAGGUCGUCACUAGCUGGCGUCCUUGGCUUCUCUCACUGGGUCUCGGUCCCGGGUCUCAGCAACUACAGAACUCUCUCUCCUUUCCUUCCUUCACCUGCCGCCUCUGCUUCCGAAAUAAGAACCAUUUGUGUAACACCAAUACCUAACUUAAGAAAGACAUGCAUUAUGUGGUUGUAAUCAAACCUGAUGCUUUCAGAUGACCUACUUACAUCUUCAAUGUGGAAAAGAUUAAGAACAAAACAAAUUCAUCUAAACUUCUGGGCAAUCAAUCCCAGUUGACUUUUAAAUGUAAGAAUGGAAUUCCAAACACUUAACACAUUCAGCUAUAUGACAGAAAGUAAAUCUAUGGAUAUGGUAUUUUGUGAAUGAUCUUUUAAAUAAAAGAAAACCUUACGUAAUAUUUAA